CCCGACACGCCUGCUGCCGAACGACCUGUCCGGCCUAAAAGGAGCAACAUCUUCCCGUCUUUGGGUCGGUGCUGAAGCCAAGGCUGCCCACUGGAGAGUCACCAGGGCAGAACCAAGCACAAUGAUAUUUACUUACACAGCUGAACCUUCACAGUUCUUUACAUUUUUCCAGAAGCAGUAGAAAAUGAACACAGCUCAGGGAUCAGUGUCAUUCGAAGAUGUGACUGUGGAGUUCACCCAGGAUGAAUGGCAGUAUGUAGGCCCUGCUCUGAGGACCCUGUACAAAGAUGUGAUGCUGGAGAACUACAGUCACCUCGUCUCAUUGGUUGUUACAUUUGCAGGUUACUGCAUUAUCAAACCCCAGGUGAUCUUCAAGUUGGAGCACGGUGAAGAGCCCUGGCCCUCAGAGGAAGAAUUCCUAAACCAGAAGUACCCAGGAUGUUACAGAGUUGAUGUCCAUAUUGAGGAGAACCAGGAAAGACAAGAGAAACCUCUGUGGCAAGUAGUAUUCACUGAUAACAAAAUAUUGAGUAAAGAAGAGCAGAAAGCUUUAGAGAAACCAUUUUAUUUCAGUAUAACUCCAGAUUUUUCAGGAAAAAUGCCCUCUAAACGUGACUCAUGUAGAAUGAAUUUGCCGGUUGUUUCUGAAUUAAUUCUUAGUGAUAGGAAUUAUUCACGAAACAAGACUGACUACAUAAAUGUAUGUGAGAAGUUGCAGCUGGAUAUUCAGCAUGAGAAAACUCAUACUGGAGAGCAGUGUUACAAAUAUAAUGAAAAUAUGAAAGCUCUCAGUUAUGUGAAAGAUCAUCAUAAAUUUCAAACUCUGGAGCAAUCUUUUGAAUGUAAUGAAUAUGGAAAAGUUUUACAUGAUAAGACCAUCUGUGUUACAGCUAAGAGUUCAGUAAAAGGAGAGGAAUCCUGUGAGGAUAAUGAAUUUAGGGGAAAUUGUGAUAAAGCAGCUCUUUUUAACCACAUGAGAACUGGCACAAGGAAGAAAUGCUUUGAUCUUAAUGAAUGUGGUAAAUCCUGUGAAUACAAUGAGGUUCACAUGGCUUUGGCACACUAUGAAUGUAAUGAAAGUGGGAAUAACUUCAGUGGGAAUUCACCCCUCACUCAGCCUCAGAGAACUGUUACAGGACAAGGUGCCUUUGAAAGCAGUAAGUGUGAAGAAAACUUGAGCCAGAGCUCAGGCCGUAUAGUACAUCAGAAGACACAAACUAGAGAUACAUUCUGUGUUUAUAAUGGAUUUACAAACACCAUCUACCAGAAGUUAGACUUUACAGUACAUCAGAGAAUUCACAAAGAAGAGAAAUUCUAUCAAUGUGAUAAAUACGAGAAAUCCUCCUAUCAGAACUCAGCCCUCAGUGUACAUCAGCAGUGUGACACAGGAGAGAAGUCAUUUGAACUUACUGAAUGCAGGAAAUCAUUUUACCAGAAAGCACACCUCAUUCAGCAUCAGAGGACCCACCCAGGGGAGAAACCUUAUGAAUGUGAGGAAUGUGGGAAAUCCUUUUGUUCAUAUUCACAUCCUAUUCAUUAUCCUGGAACUCAUAUGGGAGUCAAUCUGUAUGAAUGUAAUGAAUGUGGGAAAACUUUCGCUGAUAAUUCAACCCUCAGAGCACAUCAGAGAAUUCACACAGAGGAGAAACCCUUCAAAUGUAAUGACUGUGAGAGGUCUUUUGCCCAUAAUUCAGCCCGCAGAGCACAUCAGAGAAUUCACACAGGUGAGAAACCGUAUGAGUGUAAUGACUGUGAGAAAACUUUUGCCCAUAAUUCCACCCUCAGAGCACAUCAGAAAAUUCACACUGGGGUGAAACUCUACAAAUGUAAUGAAUGUGGGAAAACUUUUUCCCAGAAGACACGUCUUAGUACACAUCAGAGGAUUCACACAGGUGAGAAACCCUAUGGAUGUAGUGAAUGUGGGAAAACCUUCUCCCAGAAAUCAUACCUCAGUGGACAUGAGAGAAUUCACAAAGGGGAAAAACCUUAUGAAUGUAAUGAAUGUGGGAAAACUUUUGUCUAUAAGGCAGCCCUCAUUGUCCAUCAAAGAAUUCACACAGGAGAAAAACCCUAUGAAUGUAAUGAAUGUGGGAAAACUUUCUCCCAGAGGACACACCUCUAUGCACAUCAGAGAACUCACACAGGGGAGAAACCUUAUGAAUGUAAGGAAUGUGGGAAAACUUUUGCAGAUAAUUCAGCCCUCAGGGCACAUCAGAGAAUUCACAAAGGGGAGAAACCCUAUGAAUGUAGUGAAUGUGGGAAAACUUUCUCCAAGACAUCACACCUCAGAGCACAUCUGAGGACUCGCACAGGGGAGAAACCCUAUGAAUGUAAUGAAUGUGGGAAAACUUUCUCCCAGAAGUCGUAUGUUAGUGCACAUCAGAGAAUUCACACAGGGGAGAAACCUUACGAAUGUAACAUAUGUGGGAAACCUUUUGCCCAUAAUUCAACCCUCAGAGUACAUCAGAGAAUUCACACAGGUGUAAAAUCCUACAAAUGUAAUGAAUGUGGGAAAACUUUCUCUCAGAAGUCACACCUUAGUGCACAUCAGAGAAUUCACACAGGAGAGAAACCCUAUGAGUGUAAUGAAUGUGGGAAAGCUUUUGCCCAAAAUUCAACUCUUGGAGUACACCUGAGAAUUCACACAGGUGAGAGACCCUACAAAUGUUAUGAAUGUGGAAAAACCUUUGUCCGUAAGGCAGCUCUUAGAGUACAUCACACCAGAAUGCACUCCAGAGAGAAAACCCUUGCAUGUAAUGAAUUUGGGAUGUGCUAAGGGAAGUUACACCUUAUUAGUUAACACAGUAGAAAAGCUCAAGUCACAUAGACUGGCAAAUUAUUUUCCUUAACUGUUUCCUUUUCCACUGAGCACAUAGCUUGUCUUAGUUUCCCAAUUUUUCCUUCGUCUGGGUGGGGCUGGUCAUGGAGUAUGAUGCUAUUACAUUUAAGUAAUAAAUGGCCUUAAUAAGUCACCUUACAUUCUUCCUAUCCUGUGUUAUACUGGAAUUGAGAGAUUUCCAUGGCAGACUUGGGUGCUGUGUAUUAAAUAUGGCAGAGCACAAGGUGAAAGAAGCUAGAGUCAAUAACUGAGUGAAACAAUUCUCCACUGACAGAUCUUCACCAAUUGUUUUUUGGGGUUUUUUUGUUGUUUUUUUAAGCCAGAAUUAAGUUUUUAUUCUGUUGAGCUCUUAAAGAUUUUGGCCUGUUGGUUAAAUGCAUAUAGCUUAGCCGACUGUCUGUUGAGUUGGAUGAAACCAAUGAAUAUAAUAAAUGUCAGAAGACCUUUAAGAAUUUAACCUAUAGGUUUGUAUCAGAGAUUUUUCAUGGGGAAGAAAACUUCUGUCAAUAUCCUAAAUGAUCAGAAGGCUUCAAUAAAAAUCAGAAAUCUCAGGGAAAAACACAAAAGUCUUUUCUGCAGAGUAAACUUCUUUAAACAUCAAAUAGUUAAGAUUAGACUAAAAUCUUAUAUUUUGAUAAAUGACAUUUUUAAACAAUUACUGAGUUUGCUUCAGAUAAAUUUUUUCUGAGGGAAUGUAUGAGUUUCAGAAUUGAAAAUAAAAUUCUCAAAACUGAUGUACCAAAAUUUGUGUUUUAUAUGUAAUAUCAAGUUUUAUAGAAACUAUAUAAGAAUAUAUUUUCCUGUACACAAACUCAUUAUGUAAUGUGAAGUUUUUGAGAUGGAGGGAUAACUUGAAUUCUGUGGAAAACACCAAUAAAUAUUUGACUAGUCUCCGA